AUGGAGGUGCGCGAACAUUUGUCGACGAACUACAACUUAGAGGACCUCGAUGAUGAGUCAUUGGCGUACGUCAAUAGACUUUUUGGUGAGAGGUACAAGCAGUGGAAGAGCGACUUGCACCACCAUUUUCAGGCAUUUGAUGAUCCGCAAGUCGCUCUUGAAGAGGGUUGCCCGACGGAGCUUGAGGGUUGGGAGGAUAGUUGGGCGUGGCUCUGCGCUCAUUUUCUGGCACCCGAAUAUGUGAAUAAGGCCACAGUAAAUAAGGGCAAUAGGAAGAAGAAGACUCUUCUCCACCAUUCAGGUUCCAGGCCCUUCUCAUAUAGGAUGAACGCACGACGACGGGCGGGGUCCAAAUUCCCGGAGAUCGACGUCUUUGGCGACGUUUAUGUUCGACCUGGGAAUGAGUUGGCCGAGUCCAUUCAUACGGAGUUGGUUCUUCAGGAGUCUGCCUCCCAACUUCCUCUCGAUACUCCGCUCGAGUCUGUGCAUCCUCCACAGGAUGCGGGGUUUCAAAUCUUGACGGAGACGUUGGAUCAGACUCUCGGCAGGAGGCCCGGGACAUAUUGUCGAGGGAUGGGGAAUGCCCGGCGGCGGGAACCUAUACCCCGUUCAUCGUCGCAGUCAACCGAGGUGACAGCGACGGUGGCCGAGCUUAACGGUCAGAUGUCUAUGAUUCUAGAGUCCCUUGCUCGGUCAGGCAUUCCAAUCCCGCAGUUUGGUUCCUCCUCGACCUCCCAGCCCCCCCCAACCUGGCUACCAGACAUCUACCCCUGCCGACAAUGCCCAGACGUCCGAGCCGCAUCUCGCAGACGACCACGUUGA